UCGCUGGUGACGCCACGUUCGCGCCACGUUCGCUCCGCCUUGCUUGUGGUAGCUGGAGGGUUCCGUGCAUCAGUCGUGCGUGUCUCUGUCUCCCGUGUGCAGGGGCGGUUCCCUUCCAAACCUAGUGCGCCGUGAGAGCUCGGAGUCGCGGACUGAGGCGAGGGGCGUCGCAGAAACCGCUUCAUCAUGAGAAACCUGAAGUUGCUUCGGACACUGGAAUUUAGGGAUAUUCAAGCACCAGGGAAACCUCAGUGUUUCACUCUCCGAACUGAACAGGGGACGGUGCUGGUUGGCUCGGAAUGUGGACUAAUAGAAGUAGAUCCUGUGAAAAGAGAAGUGAAGACUGAAAUCCCUUUGGUGGCGAAAGGCUUUCUUCCAGAGGAUGGGAGUGGCUCCAUUGUGGGUAUUCAGGACCUGCUAGAUCAGGAGUCUGUGUGUGUGGCCACCGCCUCGGGGGAUGUCGUGCUCUGCAACCUCAGCACACACCAGCUGGAAUGUGUUGGGAAUGUGGCCAGUGGUAUCUCUGCCAUGAGCUGGAGUCCUGACCAAGAACUGGUGCUUCUUGCCACAGCUCAACAGACCCUGAUUAUGAUGACAAGAGAUUUUGAAGUAAUCGCAGAGCAGCAGAUCCACCAGGAUGAGUUUGGUGAAGGCAAGUUUGUCACUGUUGGCUGGGGCAGUAAGGAGACACAGUUCCGCGGCUCUGAAGGCAGGCCACCAGCCUUUCCGGAGCAAAUGCAUGAGUCGGCCUUGCCCUGGGAUGACCACAGACCACAAAUUACCUGGCGUGGGGAUGGGCAGUUUUUUGCUGUGAGUGUUGUUUGCCCACAAACAGGAGCUCGGAAGAUUCGAGUGUGGAACCGGGAGUUUGCUUUGCAAUCGACCAGUGAGCCUGUGCCAGGACUGGGGCCCUGCCUGGCUUGGAAACCCUCAGGCAAUUUGAUUGCAUCUACUCAAGAUAAACCCAACCAGCAAGAUGUUGUGUUUUUUGAGAAAAAUGGACUUCUUCACGGACAGUUUACACUUCCCUUCUUCAAAGACGAAGUUAAGGUAAAUGACUUGCUGUGGAAUGCUGAUUCCUCUGUGCUUGCUGUGUGGCUGGAAGACCUUCCAAAGGAAGACGGUCCCACUCCGAGAAGCUAUGUCCAGCUCUGGACCGUGGGGAACUAUCAUUGGUAUCUCAAACAGAGCCUGCCCUUCAGCACCAGUGGGAAGAACCGGAUCGUGUCUCUGCUGUGGGACCCAGUGACUCCGUGCCGGCUGCAUGUUUUUUGUCAGGGUUGGCGUUAUCUAUGCUGUGACUGGCACUGGACCACCGAUCGGAACUCCGGAAAUAGUGCCAAUGACUUGGCAAAUGUGGCUGUUAUUGACGGAAAAAGGGUGUUGAUAACAGUCUUCCGGCAGACUGUGAUUCCACCGCCCAUGAGUACCUACCGGCUGGUGAUCCCACAUCCAGUGAAUCAGGUCAUGUUCUCUGCUCACCUUGGAAAUGACAUUGCUGUUCUUGAUGCUAGUAACCAGAUUUCUGUCUACAAGUGUGGUGAUAAGCCAAACAUGGAUCCCACAGUGAAACUGGGAGCCGUGGGUGGAACUGGAUUUAAAGUUCCUCUUAGAACACCUCAUCUGGAAAAGAGAUACACAAUUCAGUUGGGGAACAAUGAGGAAGAUGAGGAAGUAAACCCGCUGCAGCUGGGCCUUCUUGCUUGGGUCGAAGAAGACGUCUUCCUGGCUGUAAGCUACAGUCACUCCAGCCCGCAGUCUGUUAUUCACCGCUUGACUGUGGCCUCUUCUGAGGUGGAUGAGGAGCAAGGACGGCUGAAUGUCAGUUCUUCUGUGACAGUGGAUGGAGUCAUCAUUGGUUUAUGUUGCUCUUCUAAGACCAAGUCAUCGGCAGUACAGCUGGCUGAUGGCCAGGUGUUCAAGUACCUUUGGGAAUCACCUUCUCUGGCUGUGGAGCCAUGGAAGAACACUGAAGGAUUUCCUGUUCGAUUUCCUCAUCCUUGCACACAGAUGGAAGUGGCCAUGAUUGGAGGAGUAGAAUGUGUCUUUGGUCUGACUGACAGGUGUCGCUUUUUCAUCAAUGACACUGAGGUUGCAUCAAAUAUCACAUCCUUUGCAACAUGUGAUGAGUUUUUACUGCUGACGACCCACUCCCAUACCUGCCAGUGUUUUUCCCUAACGGAUGCCUCACUUAAAACAUUACAGGCAAAUCUGUGCGGCAAUAAUGAGGCCAGUGGAGAAAUUCUGCGGAAAGUGGAAAGGGGCUCUCGGAUUGUUACAGUUGUUCCCCAGGACACAAAGCUUAUACUACAGAUGCCAAGGGGAAACUUGGAAGUUGUUCAUCAUCGGGCCCUGGUCUUGGCUCAGGUUCGGAAGUGGCUGGACAAACUUAUGUUUAAAGAAGCAUUUGAAUGCAUGAGAAAACUGAGAAUUAACCUCAAUCUGAUUCAUGACCAUAAUCCUAAGGUGUUUCUGGAAAAUGUGGAAACCUUCAUAAAACAGAUAGAUUCUGUAAAUCAUAUUAACUUGUUUUUCACAGAACUAAAAGAAGAAGAUGUCACAAAGACCAUGUACCCUCCACCGGUUAGCAAGAGUACCCAGGUGUCCAGAGAUCCUGCUGGGAAGAAACUUGACCUCAUCUGUGAUGCUAUGAGAGCAGCCAUGGAGACCAUCAACCCUCGGAAGUACUGCCUGUCAAUACUCACAUCUCAUGUGAAGAAAACAACCCCAGAACUGGAGAUUGUACUGCAGAAGGUGCACGAACUUCAAGGAAAUGUUCCCUCUGAUCCUGAGACUGUGAGUGCAGAGGAGGCCUUGAAGUACCUGCUACUCCUGGUAGACAUUAACGAAUUAUAUAAUCAUUCUCUUGGGACCUAUGACUUUGAUUUAGUUCUCAUGGUAGCUGAGAAGUCACAAAAGGAUCCUAAGGAAUAUCUUCCAUUUCUUAAUACACUUAAGAAAAUGGAAACUAAUUACCAGCGGUUCACCAUAGACAAAUACUUGAAACGCUAUGAAAAGGCCAUUGGACACCUCAGCAAGUGUGGACCUGAGUAUUUCAUAGAGUGCUUAAAUUUGGUAAAAGAUAAAAACUUGUAUAAAGAAGCUCUGAAGUUAUACCGGCCAGAUUCACCACAGUACCAGGCGCUCAGCAUUGCCUAUGGGGAGCACCUGAUGCAGGAGCACCUGUAUGAGCCAGCGGGGCUUGUGUUUGCCCGCAGCGGGGCCCACGAGAAGGCUCUUGCAGCAUUUUUGGCUUGUGGCAGCUGGCAGCAAGCCCUUUGUGUGGGUGCCCAGCUUCAGCUGACCAAAGACAAGAUGGCCGGCCUUGCUAGAACUCUGGCAGGAAAGCUGGUAGAGCAGAGGAAACACAGUGAGGCCGCUACAGUGCUGGAGCAGUAUGUCCAGGAUUAUGAAGAAGCUGUUCUCUUGCUGCUGGAAGGAGCUGCCUGGGAAGAAGCUCUGAGGCUGGUAUACAAGUAUGACAGAGUGGAUAUUAUAGAAACCAGCGUAAAGCCUUCCAUUUUAGAAGCCCAAAAAAAUUACAUGGCCUUUCUGGACUCUCAGACAGCCACAUUCAUUCGCCAUAAAAACCGCUUGCUGGUGGUUCGAGAGCUCAAGAAUCAAGCACCGCAGGUGCAUGUCGAUAAUGAGGUGGCCCAUGGUCCAGAGUCAGACCUCUUCUCAGAAACCAGCAGUAUUAUGAGUGGCAGUGAGAUGAGCAGCAAAUACUCCCACAGUAACUCCAGGAUUUCUGCGAGGUCAUCUAAAAACCGUCGCAAGGCGGAGCGGAAAAAGUACAGCCUCAAGGAAGGGAGUCCUCUGGAGGGCCUGGCACUUCUGGAGGCACUGAGUGAAGUGGUACAGAGCAUUGACAAGCUGAAAGAUGAAGUGCACGCUAUUUUAAAGGUGCUCUUUCUCUUCGAGUUUGAAGAGCAAGGAAAGGAGUUACAGAAGGCCUUUGAGAGCACUCUGCAGCUGAUGGAGGGGGCAGUUCCAGAAAUCUGGUCUCCUGCCGGCCAGCAGAGUUCAGUCACAUCUGCUCUAGGUCCCAGCUCCACUGCAAACAGCAUCACAGCUUCCUACCACCAGCAGAAGAUUUCUGUGCCUGUUCUCGAUGCUGGAAUUUGUAUGCCACCAAAGAUUGACCAGAGAAGCCAGUGGAAGCUGAGCCUGCUGGAGUAACUGCCUGUCAGGAAGGCACUGCCAGGAAGACUGUUUGCCCACUCAGCUCAUUCCUCACUGCGCUUCUAGCUCCUGCUCCUUAGAAGCCCAGCUGUUGAGAACUGGGGUGUGGGAUGAUCUGCCUUUGCACUGCCUACAGCUGCUGUGAGCGCCAGCUCUCAGCUAGCACUAGGCAGUCCAGUUUUCUUUGGGUAUACAUCCUAAGUACUGUCAGAACUUUUGUUUUAUCCAGGAUAUUACAGUUUUUAAAAGAUUGCUGUUUUUAGCCAGGGCAUGCCUAUAAUCCCAGCAACUCAAGAAGCUGAGGCAAAAAGACCGAUGCAAGUUCAAGACCAUCGAGGGCUACAUUAAGACUUUAUCUCAAAACAACCUGAUCACUGUUCAUGUAUUUAGUGCUGUUUGAGAGUGUGGUUACUUGUGCAGAUCAUGAGCUUGAGUCUCAUUCCCUGAUCCAGGCCUGGUUUCUGUUGCAACCUUGGCCAACUCUUGUCACUGAUUUGGUCCUCAGCUCCCACUGUUCAUAGGGAAUGAUGUUUCAUGGCUUCUACCUCAAAAAAAAAUGAAGACAAGUGGGAUCACUGUUCUAAGUUGUAGGCCUUGCUAACAUAGCAUGUUGUAUGUAAACAGUUAGUGCUGCCAGCAUUUAGUCAGAUGAGAUUGCAUAGCUGGCAUCUUUUCACCCAACUCAAAGCAGAAUAAAAAGCUAGAUGUGUUUGGGACUGGAAAGUUGACUCAGUGGUUAAGAGCAAUUGUUACUCCUACAGAGGACCUGGUUUGGAUUCCCAGCACCCACGUGACAGCUCACAGCCUUCUGUUUGCCUCAGUUCCAGAGAUCUAAUGCCCUCUUCUGACCUCAGUGAGCACUAGUCAGGCACAUCACACACAGACAUACAUGCAGGUAAAACAACUCAAACACACAAAGUAAAUCUUA